CAACGUCGAGUUCCCGUUUGAAAGACAGCCAUCGUUUGACACAUACGGCCCACUUUGAACCAGUUAUUGUGCAAUAUCUUUGACCCUUAACAGUGCUAUGAGUGCGGAACUGCCGAGUGAGCUGCAGAGCGAAUGACCUGCGACGCUGGGAACAAAUAUUUAGCCGGAAAAAAUAACCAUCCUGUGCCAUUGGACUGCUGCGGAGGCCUGAACAACGUCGACUACUCGAAGAUGGACUUGAAUCUGAUCAGGCACUUCCUAAAACAUGUCAACUUUUGUGACGCUGGCUUCUGUGUAGCUGUGAUUGCCAUCAUUUUCAACCCGUUAUUCUGGAAUGUGGUUGCACGAUGGGAACACCGAACACGAAAUCUGUCCAGGAUGUUCGGCAGCCCAUACUUGGCCUGUUACGUCUUGGGCUUUGUCAUCCUCCUACUCAACGUGUAUCGCAGCCACAGCAUGACAGUGGCAAUGAAGGCUCAGGCUCGGUGGGACGUAAUGGACCAGACGAGUGUCUUCUACGCUGGUGUGGUUUUAAUUGUGACCGGAACCAUACUGGUGGUAACUAGCUUUCUGGCUUUGGGAUUCACUGGAACAUUUCUAGGUGACUAUUUUGGUAUCUUGAUGGAGAAGAAGGUGACAAGCUUUCCUUUCAACGUCAUGGAGAACCCGAUGUACUGGGGCAGCACUGCGAACUACCUGGGUCUGGCAUUCAUUGGCGCUAGUCCUGUCGGUCUCAUCCUGACCGCUAUCGUAGCUGUGGUUUACAAGUUGGCCAUCAAAUUUGAAGGACCUUUCACCGAGCACAUAUACCGGGAAAGGAGUCGCCAGCGCAAGCGUGAAUAAGUGCUUCCUCUUCCUGCCACUUCUUGCCUCACAGACUCUAUCUGACAGUAGCCAUAUUAGCACGGGUGCUAGGAUGGACGUGUUUUCCAGACUGACUUUCAGCAAUACUUCACUGUUCCACUGUUGGUUUUCCAUCCAAGGACCUUAUUUUGUGAAUGAGCUGCACCUGUUGUUUGGAGUUCAAGAAAGAUGGUCGCCAUUAAAGAAAACUGUUCUUUUCUUGCUGAAUAAC